AUGUCAGAUGGGGGAAGACGACCAGGUUUUUUCGAGAAUAUCAUUAAUAAUAUUAAACAGGAAAUGGCAAAGAAUAAAGAAAUGAAGGAGAGUCUUAGCAAGUUUAAACAAGAAACAUCAAAACUUGAACAAUCAGAUGCCUUAAAGAAAGCUAGACAAAAGUUUGAUACGAUAGAAGCUGAAACUAAGAAAAGUGGUACCGUGUUGAAAAAAAAAUUUGGGGAUGUAAGGGAAAGAUUAUCUGAGACUAUGGAGGAAGUUCAGAAAACAGAAUUUAUGAAGAAAGGUAAAGAUAUCACAGAAGAAAUCAGUAAAACUGCUGGCAAGGCUGCAGAAACUAUCUCUAAACAAAGUCAAAAUAUAGGUCAAACAUCAGCAUUUAAAAAUAUAUCAAAGGGUGUAGGAGUUGUAAAGGAUGAAAUAGCAUCAAUUCCUGGUGCCAAAACAUAUAUACCUCCAGAAAUAUUAAGAAAACGUUCCGAGAAAUCAAGCAGUAGAGUGGAAGAAAAAAUUAUAGAGCCAGAUGAUCAAUCUUCAGGAAUGGUACUACAUAAAGAUUCUAAAUACUAUCAAAGUUGGCAGAAUUUUAAAGACAAUAACCAAUAUAUAAAUAAAAUGUUUGAUUUAAAAAUGCAGUAUGAUGAAAGUGAUAAUCCUGUAAUUCGAGUAUCAAGAAAUUUAACAGAUAAAGUUGGUCAAGUAUUUAGUGGAAUGUUUUCAAAGACUGAAAUGUCUGAAGUUCUAACAGAAAUAUGUAAAGUAGAUCCUAAAUUUGAUAUUCACAAGUUUAUAAAAAUGUGUGAAGUAGACAUUAUACCAAAUAUAUUAGAGGCUAUGAUAAGAGGUGAUUUAGAAAUUUUAAAAGACUGGUGUCAUGAAGCACCAUAUAAUGUGUUAUCUCAACCUAUUACAAUGGCAAGACAAGCAGGAUUAGUCUAUGAUUCUAAAAUAUUAGAUCUUGAAGAUGUAGAUGUAAUAACUGGUAAAUUAAUGGAACAAGGUCCUGUUUUAAUUAUUAAUUUUCAUACUAUGCAAAUAAGAUUACUUAGAAAUAGUAAAGGUGAAAUCAAAGAGGGAGAUCCAAAAAAGGUAUUAAAAGUAACAAGUGUAUGGGCAUUAUGUCGAGAUCAAGAAGAGCUAGAUCCACGAGCUGCCUGGAAAUUAAUGGACAUGUCAGAACAUGCUACCAGUAUGUUAUUCUGA